AUGAGUGGAUUUACUCCCAACAUAGCUGAUAAGGAUGUUAGGGUCGUUGUGGGCUUGGACUUCGGGACCACUUUCUCAGGUUUCGCCUAUGCCCAUACGACAAGCCCUGAUAGCGUUGAAACAAAUGACACAUGGCACAAUCGCAAAGCUUUAGUGAAGACUAACACUGCUCUCUUAUAUGAUGAGAAAUGGAAUGUCCUCGAAUGGGGCGCUUCAGCCCUAGCUUCAAAACCAAAGAUUAAAAAUGGAAAAGAUGCCAAGAACAACGGAAAACCGGUCGAGUUAUUUAAAAUUCAUCUUGGCACAAUGGAUCAAUCGCAGAAGCCUCCAUUACCGUUGGGAUUAGACUAUAAGCGAGCAAUAACCGAUUAUCUCCGUUGCAUGGGCACUGUAAUAAAAGAUACGUUGAACCAAAGAUGGCGCGGUUUAUCGUUCCAUAGAAACGUAUUGAAAGUUAUGACAGUUCCUGCCGAGUUUGACGAUAGAGCAAUCUUCAUAAUGCGAACGUGUGCCUACGAUGCUGGAUUUAUUGACUAUUUGAAUUCGGAACUAUUAGAAUUUACAACAGAACAUUCAUUCCUCAUUGUCGACUGUGGAGGAGGAACGGUGGAUCUGACAGUUCGAACAUUAAAGGCGGAUGGCAAACUGACUGAAGCUACAGAGAGGACAGGUGAAUUCUGUGGAGGAUCGUAUGUUGACCAGGAAUUUCUUAAAUAUGUCGGAAAAAAAGUUGGAGCAUCUGCCGUGGAAAUGUUAAAACAAAAUCAUUACGGACAACUUCAAUAUCUGAUACAGGGCUUCUGCUCACAAGUCAAGUAUGAAUUUAACGAUAAUCCCAAGGAAUAUAAAAGUCAAGACAUGGAUUUGGAGGAAUUAUGUCCAGCAAUAAAGCAGUAUGUGAAGGGAACUGAGAAACUACAGAUUGAAGAAGAUGAAUGGAUAAUCGAAUUAGAUUAUGAAACUGUCAAGAGCUUCUUCGACCCGGUUUUAGCAAAAAUCUGUGCUUUGAUCAGGAAGCAACUGGCUGCAACCCGUAAGAAAUGCGCCGCAAUGUUUGUUGUUGGCGGAUUCUCUAGCUCACCGUAUCUAUUCAAAAGAAUAAAGAAAGAGUUUAAUAGUCAAGUAUCAGCCAUAGCAUCACCACCUCAUCCGAUAGCAGCAAUAAUGUAUGGAGCUGUCUUCUAUGGAAUAAAUAAAUCUGUUGUAGAGACGCGUGUACUUAAGCGUACAUACGGUCUCGAGUUGACUGAUACUUGGACUUCAGCUCAUCCAAUUGAACGCAAGAAAGCGUCUGGUGGCGUGGCUUAUUUCCAUACAAUGGCUAAGCGAGGAACAGAAGUGCCAGUUGAUAAGAGUUUCUUGCAGGACGUAGUUCCAUUUUUACCCAGUCAAACCAGCCUGAGACUUAGUGUCUACACGACUUCAAAAGAAAGUGUAACAUAUUGUGAUGAUCCAGGAACGGAGGAACUUGGAACUUUGGUAAUUGAUUUACCUGAUCCGUACACAGAGAGGGAAGUGGAAUUUACACUAACAUUUGGGGCUCACGAAACGAAAGUGAAGGCGUACAAUAAAGUGAAUGGGAAGAUGUACACAGCUUCAUACAAACUGGUCUUGUAG